AAAUAAACAUAAUGGCUUCUAUCCUGAAUUUUGCUUCGGAUCUGAAUGAACAGAGCAGCAGCCUACUAGACUCGUUUGCUCGCUCCACUAUUACUUGUCUUAAUUUCUCUGAAGAACCUAAACCCCACCAUAACCAACAAGAAGAAGAUAAACUAUCUAUUGAAAGAGAUAACAGCUUUGAGCAGGAUGUCGGGGAAGAACUGUUCCAUUACGACCCUAACAUGCCGGAUGAAGAAGACGAUCUCUCCUUUGAUCGUAGCGCAAGUACCAACGAAAAUUCCCAUGAAAGCUCGAGAGGAGAUGACAAAAGACAUCAGAGCCAGCAAUCUUCUACAGAUGCUAAUGAAGAGAACCAGUCAAAUUCUGAAGAAGAUAAACAACAGGAACAGAAAAAUGAAGAUGAGCCUAUGAAUAAUGGUCGUGAUUACUCACAAUCUGAUCAUCUCAUGAGACCUGAUAAUGUCAGAAAAGCAACCAUCAGGGCUUUAAAUAAGAUUCUGAAGACUUAUAUUGAUGAAUCUUUGAUUGAGUAUAAAUAAAAUUACCAAGAUCAAUCUCAAGAAGAAGUUCUCUCAAAGAAGAGUAGAGACGUAUAACUUCAUUAAAGAUCGCAUCUCCAGAAUUAUAGACAAUACCACAUCCCCUGAAAUAUCCGAAAGGAAAUAUAAAGGCAUUUAUGCUAUUUUAUUUCAUAUGUGUCUUAGAAAGAAGAACCCAAUGGACUCCAUGAUCAGCUUCUCUAAUAAAUCUGAAAUGAAAUCUGUCGAAAGAGAGCUUCUGAAAUAUAUCAAGCAAGGCCAGUCCUAUACUAAGGCCGAUGGAGAAUUCUGUUUUAAUCACAUACUUAUGAAAACUGCCAAAAGACUAUAUUUUGGAAAUGUCGAAUAUAGAGAGGUAUUCAAACAGCAAGCCCUAAAUACCAACAAAAAGGCCGGAAUCAUCGAUCCAGAAGGAUACUUCAACCGCUUGGAAGAAGAAAUCAAUAGAAUCCCAGAAUAUUUAUAAUUGUUAUUAUAAAUUUCCC